AUGUAUGCGAUUCAUGAUACUAUGAAAUCAGCUAAAUAUGCUAGAGAAGCAAUUCAUGAUAGAUUAACAUUAUAUUCUACGUCAUCAUCAAUUUCAAUAAACGGUGUAAAACCUUUAAGAAGAAAAUAUUCAAAUACUGAAUUGAUACCAACAACUGAAAAUAAAGCAAAAUCAAUAAUUGAAUGUGUUCCAUUAGAAACUUGUCAAGGUCAUUUUAUAAAUUCAAAAACCAAACAAAGAAUAUUAUUAAAAGGUAUUAAUAUUGAUUCUCAAACAAAAAUACCGACAAAACCAUAUAUGCCAUCGUAUGAAGGUGAUUCCUCAGAUCCAAAUAAUAUAUUUUUCGAUGGUGAUAAUGUUUCAUUUAUAGGCAGACCAUUUCCAAUUGAAGAAGCAAAAGAUCAUUUACAAAGAAUUAAAAAUUGGGGUUAUAAUACGAUUAGAUAUUUGAUUACUUGGGAAGCCAUUGAACAUAAAGGUCCAGGAAUCUAUGAUAUUGAAUUUAUAAAUUAUACUAUAGAGAUUUUAAAAAUAAUUGGUGAAAUUGGUGGUUUAUAUGUAUUUUUAGAAUUUCAUCAAGAUGUUUGGUCAAGAUUUAGUGGUGGUAGUGGAGCUCCAAUGUGGACUUUUUAUGCUGCAAGUUUAGAUCCUAAAAAUUUUGUUAAAACUGAAGCUGCUAUUUUACAUAAUGAUCCAAGAUUUCAUGAUUCUUCAGAUACUUAUCAUAAAAUGUUAUGGACUUCAAAUUAUAAAAGAUUAGCUUCAUUAGUUAUGUUUACUUUAUUUUAUGCUGGUAAUAACUAUUUCCCAAAUUUAUUAAUUAAUGGUGAAAAUAUUCAAGAUUAUUUACAAAAUCGAUUUUUUAAUUCUAUAAAUAUUAUAUGGAAGACAAUAAAUGAAAAACUACCUGAAUUAAUUGAAAAUGGUACUAUAUUAGGUUUUGAAUCAAUGAAUGAACCAAAUUGUGGAUUAAUAGGUCAUCCAGAUUUAGGUGUAUUGCCUGAUUAUCAACAAUUACGUGUUGGUACUACUCCAACUGCAUUUGAAACAAUGAAAUUAGGUAUGGGUUUUACUGUUGAAGUUGAUGAAUAUAGAAUUUCAGUUACUGGUCCAAGAAAAUAUGGUACUAAAAUUGUUGAUCCAAAAGGCACAAAAGCAUGGCUUUCACCAGAAGAAGCUAAAAAAUUAGAUGCAAAAUAUGGUUUUAUAAGAAGUGGAAAUUGGAAUAUUGGUAACUGUAUUUUUGCAAAUGAAGGUAUAUGGACAUGGAAUCAUAAAUUAAAUUUAAAUAAUUUACCAAAUUUAACUCAAGAACAAAGAUUAGAAGUUACAUCAAAAUGUGAAUUAAUAGAACCCAAAUUUUUCAGUGAUUCAAAAUAUUUUAAAAAUUUUACUGGUCCGGUACCAAAAAUUAUUGAUACUGAAUAUUUUGUGAAUAGUAAUUUUGUUGAACAUUUUGUUAAAUUUAAGAAUGUUAUAAGGGAAAUUAAUCCCAAUGCAUUUGUAUUAUUAUCAGUACCAGUUUUGGAAUUACCACCAAAUAUUAGAAGAGAUUCAAGAAAAAUUAUAGAUGAAAAAACAGUUUAUUGUCCACAUUAUUAUGAUGGAUUAUCAUUAAUGUUUAAAAGUUGGAAUACAAAAUAUAAUGUUGAUACAUUGGGUAUUAUGAGAUGUAAAUAUUUAAAUCCAGUAUUAGGUAUUGUUUUUGGUGAACGUGCAAUCAGGAACUGUAUCAAGAAUCAAUUUAUUGAAAUGAGAAAAGAAUGUAAUGAAAAUCUAGGUGAGAUUCCAAUUUUAAUGUCUGAAACUGGUAUGCCAUUUGAUAUGGAUGAAAAAAGAUCAUAUCGUAAUGGUAAAUAUAUUUCACAAACUGCUGCAUUAGAUGCAAUUAUAAAUGCCCUUGAAGGUGCUCAUAUGUCUCAUACUUUUUGGUGUUAUAAUUCUUCAAAUAAUCAUAAAUGGGGAGAUAAUUGGAAUAAUGAAGAUUUUUCAUUUUGGUCACCCGAUGAUCGAAAUUUAUCAUUUGAAGAAGAUUUAAUAAUUAAUAGUUCAAAAGCAUCAAGAUUAAUUAGUAAAGCCACAAAAAUGGGACAAUCAAGUUCAACAAGUUCAAGAUUAAGUCUGAGAUCAACUGCAGAUUCUGAAAAUUUUGAAUAUGAAUCAGAUUGUUCUUCAAUUAUAUCAUCAACUACAUCAAAUGUAUUUUCAAGACAAUUGAAAAAAUGUUUCCCUUCACCAGAUGGUGUUAGAGCAAUUUCUGCAGUUGUUCGUCCUUAUUUAGUUUCAAGUUUUGGUAAAAUUGUAGCCCAAGAAUUUGAUAUUAAAUCUGUAAAAUAUUCAUUACAAAUUAAUAUUAAAAAUGCUAAAAAACCAAGUAUAAUCUUUGUACCUAAAUGGCAUUAUCCAUUUUUAGAUUAUGGUGAUAUUUAUUUAACGUCUGGUUCAAUUAAAUAUAAUGAAGAAUUACAAUAUAUUGAAUGGCAUCAUGAUGAUGAUGAAAAUAAUAAUGAAGAUAAUAUGACAGAAACAAUUAUAAUUAAAAAUAAUAGUGGAUCAUUAGAAGAAGCUAAAAUGGAUGGUAGACAAUUACAAUGUCCAAUUACAUAA